GCCGCCCGAGACUCGCGCACAGCAGUUAUGGCGGACGCCGCAGCCCCCGCGCCUAUAGCUCCAGCGCCCGUCCAGGCCCUUGCCCCGGCUCCGGACGCGGCCCCGGUUCCGGACGCGGCCCCUGCCCCGGCCCCGGCCUCCGGCCCCGACUCGGCUUCCGGGCCGUCCUCGGACUCUGGCCCUGAAGCCGGCUCCCAGCGCCUGCUGUUCUCUCACGACCUGGUGUCGGGCCGUUACCGCGGCUCGGUCCACUUCGGGCUGGUGCGCCUCAUCCACGGCGAGGACUCAGACUCGGAGGGCGAGGAAGAGGGCCGUGGGAGCUCGGGCUGCUCCGAGGCCGGCGGCCCCGGGCACGAGGAGGGCCGCGCCAGCCCGCUGCGCCGCGGCUACGUGCGUGUCCAGUGGUACCCGGAGGGCGUCAAGCAGCACGUGAAGGAGACCAAGCUGAAGCUGGAGGACCGCUCCGUGGUACCUCGGGACGUGGUCCGGCACAUGCGCUCCACCGACAGUCAGUGUGGGACGGUGAUCGACGUGAACAUUGACUGUGCUGUCAAGCUGAUCGGUACCAACUGCAUCAUUUACCCUGUCAACAGUAAGGACCUGCAGCACAUCUGGCCCUUCAUGUACGGGGACUACAUCGCUUACGACUGCUGGCUGGGGAAGGUCUACGACUUGAAGAACCAGAUCAUCUUGAAGCUGUCCAAUGGCGCCAGGUGCUCCAUGAACACGGAAGAUGGUGCCAAGCUCUAUGAUGUCUGCCCCCAUGUCAGCGACUCGGGCCUCUUCUUUGAUGAUUCCUACGGCUUCUACCCGGGCCAGGUGCUCAUCGGCCCUGCCAAGAUCUUCUCCAGCGUCCAGUGGCUGUCAGGGGUCAAGCCUGUACUCAGUACCAAGAGCAAGUUCCGAGUGGUGGUGGAAGAGGUGCAGGUUGUGGAGCUCAAGGUCACAUGGAUUACCAAGAGCUUCUGUCCGGGGGGCACAGACAGCGUCAGCCCCCCACCCUCUGUCAUCACCCAGGAGAACCUAGGCAGGGUGAAGCGUCUCGGAUGCUUUGACCAUGCUCAGCGGCAGCUGGGGGAGCGCUGUCUGUAUGUCUUCCCAGCCAAGGUAGAGCCGGCCAGGAUUGCCCGUGAAUAUCCAGACAAAAACUGCGCCCAGGGGGAGGGCUCCAUGGCCAAGAAGGUCAAGCGUCUGUUGAAGAAGCAGGUCGUGAGGCUCAUGUCCUGCACCCCGGACACCCCGUGUCCCCGGGACCACGCCGCAGAGGACCCAGACAGGAAGGAGGACGCCAAGGCCAGGAGCGAGCCAGGCUCCGCCAGCCCUGAGGAAACGCCCGAUGGUUCGGCCAGCCCAGCGGAGGUGCAGGACGAGGGUCCCGAGGAGCCCCCCGAGGCUGGCGAGCAGCUGCCCCCCUUCCUGCUGAAGGGGGUUGGGGAUGACCGACUGCACUCAGCCGAGCAGGACGCGGACGACGAGGCUGCCGACGACACCGAUGACACCAGCUCCGUGACCUCCUCUGCCAGCUCCACCACCUCCUCGCAGAGCGGCGGCGGUGCCAGCCGCAGGAAGAGCGUGCCCCUGUCCAUCAAGAACCUGAAGAGGAAGCACAAGAGGAGGAAGGGGAAGCGGCCUCAAUCCUGGUCCCUGCCCUGCAGGGUGGCCGUGGAAGUGGUGACCACCAUGACCUCAGCAGAUGUCAUGUGGCAGGAUGGCUCCGUGGAGUGCAACAUCCGCUCCAAUGACCUUUUCCCGGUGCACCACCUGGACAACAAUGAGUUCUGCCCGGGAGAUUUCGUGGUGGACAAGCGAGUCCAUAGUUGCCCAGACCCUGCUGUGUAUGGCGUGGUGCAGUCUGGGGACCACGUCGGCCGCACCUGCAUGGUGAAGUGGUUCAAGCUGCGGCCAAGCGGGGAUGACGUGGAGUUGAUCGGAGAAGAGGAGGAUGUGAGUGUGUAUGACAUUGCUGACCACCCUGACUUCCGGUUCCGCACCACGGACAUCGUCAUCCGCAUCGGCAACACUGAGGAUGGAGCCCCUCCCAAGGAGGAUGAGCCAUCGGUGGGCCAGGUGGCCCGUGUGGAUGUCAGCAGCAAGGUGGAGGUAGUGUGGGCCGACAACUCAAAGACCAUCAUCCUGCCUCAGCACCUGUACAAUAUCGAGUCCGAGAUUGAGGAGUCUGACUAUGACUCGGUGGACGGCAGCACCAGUGGGGCGUCCUCGGAUGAGUGGGAAGACGAUAGUGACAGCUGGGAGACGGACAAUGGGCUGGUGGAGGACGAGCACCCCAAGAGCGAGGAGCCCCCCACCCCUGCUGCCGCACCGCCGGCUGCCCCUGAGGAGGACAAGGGCGUGGUCAUCAGUGAAGAGGCCGCCACGGCUGCCAUCCAGGGGGCCGUGGCCAUGGCCGCCCCCAUGGCGGGGCUGAUGGAGAAGGCGGGCAAGGACGGCCCCCCAAAGAGCUUCCGGGAGCUGAAGGAGGCCAUCAGGAUCCUGGAGAGCCUGAAGAACAUGACCGUGGAGCAGUUGCUGACGGGCUCGCCCACCUCCCCGACGGCGGAGCCCGAGAAGCCCACUCGGGAGAAGAAGUUCCUGGACGACAUCAAGAAGCUGCAGGAGAACCUCAGGAAGACGCUGGACAACGUGGCCAUCGCCGAGGAGGAGAAGAUGGAGGCAGCGCCCGACGCGGGGCGCAGGGAGGACAGGCCCCAGGCACCGUCCCCCGUGAAGGCCGAGUGGCCCGGCGAGACCCCGGUGCUCUGCCAGCAGUGCGGCGGCAAGCCCGGCGUCACCUUCACCAGCGCCAAGGGCGAGGUCUUCUCCGUGCUCGAGUUUGCUCCCUCAAACCACUCCUUCAAGAAAAUCGAGUUCCAGCCUCCAGAAGCUAAGAAGUUCUUCAGCACGGUGCGGAAGGAGAUGGCACUGCUGGCUACCUCACUGCCUGACGGCAUCAUGGUCAAGACCUUCGAGGACAGAAUGGACCUCUUCUCUGCCCUGAUCAAGGGGCCCACCCGGACCCCCUACGAGGACGGCCUCUACCUGUUCGACAUCCAGCUCCCAAACAUCUACCCGGCCGUGCCCCCCCACUUUUGCUACCUCUCCCAGUGCAGUGGCCGCCUGAACCCCAACCUGUAUGACAACGGGAAGGUGUGUGUCAGCCUUCUGGGCACCUGGAUUGGAAAGGGAACAGAGAGGUGGACAAGCAAAUCCAGCCUUCUUCAGGUGCUCAUCUCCAUCCAAGGUCUCAUCCUAGUGAACGAGCCGUACUACAACGAGGCUGGCUUUGACAGCGACCGGGGCCUGCAGGAGGGCUAUGAGAACAGCCGCUGCUACAAUGAGAUGGCGCUGAUCCGCGUGGUGCAGUCCAUGACCCAGCUGGUUCGCCGGCCCCCCGAGGUCUUCGAGCAGGAGAUCCGGCAGCACUUCCGCCUUGGCGGCUGGCGGCUGGUGCGCCGCAUCGAGUCCUGGCUAGAGACGCACGCACUGCUGGGGAGGGCCCAGGCACUGCCCAACGGGGUCCCCAAGGACAGCAGCUCACCGGAGCCGCCCCUGGGGGCCGAGCUCUCGGACUCUGGCCGAGAGGAACCUGAGGACAGCGGCCUGGCCCCUGGCGAGGCCUCCCAGGGCUCAGACUCGGAGGGUGGCGCCCAGGGCCCGGCCUCAGCCAGCAGGGACCGCACAGAGCUGACCUCGGAGGCCAUGCCGGACACGUCUGUGCUGCCCAGCGUCAAACCAAAGAAGCGGAGGAAGAGCUACCGGAGCUUCCUGCCCGAGAAGAGCGGCUACCCCGACAUCGGCUUCCCCCUCUUCCCGCUCUCCAAGGGCUUCAUCAAGAGCAUCCGGGGCGUCCUGACACAGUUCCGGGCGGCUCUGCUGGAGGCGGGCAUGCCCGAGCGGGCAGGGGACAAGUAG